CCACUUUUGCCGUCUCGUACCCUUCUUUCACCCAUCUCCGUCCUCCGCUCUCACGUGUCUCUGAUAAUCUCCUCCUCCACCGUAUACCGGCUCGGCGUCUCUUCUUGGUUCCCAGUCCUGCCACCCUCCGUGCUCCCCAACCGGCCGCGUCCAUCAUGACUGUCGCCAACGGCACUGCCAAUGGCGCCGCCAGCGGCAGCAGCCAGGCCACUCGGAGGCCCCUGCCAUGCGGCAUCUACGCGCCCACCAUGACCUUCUUCGACCCGGAAACCGAAGACCUCGACAUCCCGACCAUCAAGAAGCACGCGGAGCGCCUCGUGAGGGACGGCCUCGUGGGCCUCGUCACCAUGGGCUCCAACGGCGAGGCGGUCCACUGCACGCGGGAGGAGAAGCUGGCGGUGACCCGGGCGACAAGAGAGGCGCUCGACGCCGCCGGCUUCACGCAGACGCCCAUCAUCAUCGGCGCCACCGAAGGCAGCGUCCGGGGCACCGUCGAGCUGUGCAAGCUCGCCCGGGACGCGGGGGCCGACUACGCCCUCCUGCUGCCGCCGUCCUACUUCCGCUUCCUGAUGGACGAGGAGGCCGUGCACGACUACUUCGUCGCCGUGGCCGACGAGAGCCCGCUCCCGCUCAUCCUGUACAACUACCCCGGCGCCGUGGCCGGCAUCGACAUGGACUCGGACCUCCUCAUCCGCCUCGCCCAGCACCCCAACAUCGUCGGCACCAAGUUCACGUGCGGCAACACGGGCAAGCUGACCCGCGUCGCCCUCGCCACCGACGCCAAGACGCCCUCCUCCGAAGGGUCCGGCUACAUGGCCUUCGGCGGCAUGUGCGACUUCACCGUCCAGACCCUCGCCAGCGGCGGCAGCGGCAUCAUCGCCGGCGGCGCCAACGUCAUGCCCAAGGUCUGCGUGCGCGUCUGGGACCUCUACGCCGCCGGCAAGACCGACGACGCCAUCGCCCUCCAGCGCGUCCUCUCCCGCGGCGACUGGGUCCUCACCAAGUCGGCCAUCGCCGGCACCAAGUCGGCCAUCCAGUCCUACUUUGGCUACGGCGGCUACCCGCGCCGGCCGCUGAAGCGGCUCGACAAGGCCCGGGUGGCCGCCAUCGAGGAAGGGCUGAGGGAGGUGAUGGAGAUCGAGAAGUCGUUAUGAGGAGGCGAAUUAUUAUUAGACUUUUUUUUGUCUUUGUCUCUUCUUUCUUUUUUUUUUCUUUGUCACCUUCUCCUCCUUCUCCUUAACAUGUCUUGAGGGAUUGGGAAGGAGUUGUGGCUGUAUAUAUUUCCCUGUCUCUUCUUUUUUUUUCUCUCUCUCUCCGUCUCUCUCUCUUCCACGCAGACACUCAUGCGCUCACACACAGGCACACACACAAACACACACACAAACACACACACAAACACACACACCAGGAGUGUGGAAAGGGGUUGGAAUCCC